AUGGUGGUUUUGUUUAACAGCUGCCUUAUAAAUUUAUAAUGUUUCAUUUGUAAAGUUGUUAAAGCCAAUAAUCUCUCUCUCUCUCUCUCUCUCUCUCUCUCUCUCUUCUAGUAUAUCAGUACCUCGUGUUGGUUUUGCUUUUUUCUUCAGCUUUUGGUACCUUCUCUCUCUCUAGCUGCUUCUUUACUGGCAGUUUUGAAGAGGAACACACAUGGGUUGGUUCCCUUGCUCUGGACAAUCAAGCCAGGAAAUAAAGAAGAGGAAGAAGAAAGAGGCUCUUGAUCCGAUCCAACCCACUUCGGAGAAGUUCAAGAAAAAUCCCCCUUCGAAGGUAAAGGAUUCAGCAAAAGAUGGAGGGUCAGGUCAUAUAGCUGCCCAGACUUUUGCGUUUCGUGAAUUGGCUGCCGCAACCAGAAAUUUCAGGGGUGACUGUCUGCUUGGCGAGGGAGGUUUUGGAAGAGUAUACAAAGGACGACUGGAAAGUUCUGAUCAGAUUGUGGCCAUAAAGCAACUUGACCGGAAUGGAUUGCAAGGGAACAGGGAAUUCCUUGUUGAAGUGCUGAUGUUGAGUUUGCUUCAUCAUUCUAACCUUGUUAAUCUUAUUGGUUAUUGUGCUGAUGGAGAUCAAAGACUUCUGGUCUACGAGUACAUGCCUCUGGGAUCUUUAGAGGACCAUCUUCAUGAUUCUGAUUGCGCAGACGUAUCACCUGACAAGAAACGGCUUGACUGGAAUACAAGAAUGAAAAUAGCUGCUGGGGCAGCAAAAGGGUUGGAGUAUUUACAUGUCAAAGCAAGCCCUCCAGUAAUAUAUCGCGAUUUAAAAUGCUCCAACAUUUUGCUCGAUGAGGAUUAUCAUCCCAAACUAUCUGAUUUUGGUUUAGCCAAACUUGGGCCUGUGGGAGAUAAUACGCAUGUAUCAACAAGAGUUAUGGGCACUUACGGCUAUUGUGCCCCGGAGUAUGCAAUGACCGGCCAACUGACUCUGAAAUCGGAUGUUUAUAGCUUUGGCGUGGUUCUUCUGGAGAUCAUUACAGGCAGGAAAGCAAUUGACAACUCAAAAACUGCAGGAGAGCACAAUUUGGUAGCAUGGGCAAGACCUUUAUUCAAAGAUAGAAGGAAAUUCCCUCAAAUGGCCGAUCCCAUGCUCCAAGGGGAGUACCCGGUGAGGGGAUUGUACCAAGCUCUUGCAGUUGCAGCAAUGUGUGUUCAAGAGCAGCCCACAAUGCGUCCAGUCGUAGCCGAUGUAGUAACGGCUUUGAGUUACCUUGCUUCACAAAAGUACGACCCUGGAACCCAGCCUGUCCAGAACUCCCGGUGGGCCCCUACUACUCCCCCUAGGACCAAAAGGGACAGUGAUAAGAAACUCAAUGGCAGUAGUGGUAGUGGGUCGGAGAGAAACCGAACCAGAAAGUUAAUCUGAGAUUUCAUUUUCCACCAUCAAAUUUUUGUGUCACUCCAAGUUACGAGUUCACAUCUAAGCCUCUUUACGUUUGUUAUGUGGUCAAAUUUGUUAUGCCUCGUCGCCAGACAUUGUUGUUUUCCACUCUUAUGUAUGUUCCUCCCCAUAAUUUUGUGCCCUGUUGUAUUUGUACAGAAACUGUAUUCCAUCAUCACGUAUGCCUUGUAAAAUUAUUAAACAAAUCAAACCAUGACAAUAUUGCAUUAAUGGAUUUGUAAUACAUAUGGUGAUGAUCAUAGUGAGGGAGAUCUUUUGUGGGGUUC